AUGAGCUCCAGUUCAUCGGACGAGCGCGAGCUGUACCUGCACAUGCAGGCGACGAUGCAGCGCCGGCAGUCACUGUCGUCGCCGCACCCGCCUCGCUUCAAGCUGGCCAAGGCCGCGCCGACGCGCCUCCAGCAUGCGCUCGAAGAAGACACGCAGCAGAACCUCGUCGCGCUCUACUAUUGGCGGCAGAAGCAAACGGCCGAAUUCUUUGAUCGAUGGCGCCGCGUCACCGCCAUCCAAGUGCAAAAGCACAAGACGCUCAGUGCGAUCCGCGCCGAGUGUCGAGAGACCACGCGCCGAGCGAGCAACCACAGUCUUCUCCAGCGCCACCAGAAGCAGAGAAAGUACGCCCAGCCCAGCCCAGUGGCGGCAGAGUCGAGCGAUGACAGCUCGGACGACGCGUGCGAUUUCCACCGACGCCGACGCAUCCCACCCGCGCCAUCGCGGAAACCCACCGCCAUCGCCGACGCCCAAAACGAACGACGACGGCAGUCGCUGCUCAAAGCCCGAUGCGAGCAAACGCGACCACCGACGCCCGCGGCCGCGCCGGUCAAGUCCCGAUUCGCGUUGCUCUGCCACCCAUUUCGGCGGUGGCGCGCGCGCACCGAGUCCACGCGUCCUGCGCGCGAAGGCCAAUACGAGCGGGCAGUCGACCACGCCCGAACGCGGCUUCUAACGCACGCGCUCGGUGGCUGGCGACGCGCAAGUACGACAAAGCACAAGUCGACGUCCGCCCGCCGCCACCACCGGCAUGGUCACCUGACGGCAGUUAUGCUCGCGUGGCACCGCGUCACGGCGAUUCAUCGGCGCGGUGCGCAGGUGCACGAAUGGACGGCGCAGCGAACGGUGACGCGUCGCUGGCGCACAUGGCAGGAGCGCGCGGCGUGGUGCCAGCGGCAGCGCGUCCUGCUCUUUUUUGCGCAGUCACAACACGCCGCGCGAGCGUUGCGGCGCGUGCUUCUCACCUUGUCGAGUUAUGCCAAGCGCCGAACGCGCCGUCGAUGGAAAAGCACGAUUGCCGUCGGGUUCGUGCGCCGACGCAUGCUGCGGCGGGUGUUGCUCGCCUGGCGCGAGACAGCUGCCGUCGACCUCGACGCGGAGCGGCAGUCCCGCCAUUUUGUCGCCCAGCGCGCAGGCCUUCGUCGCUGGCGACACUCCGUGAAGAGUGUGCUUCACCAUCGCCACUCGGUCCGCAUUGCGCUGCACUGGUACGUGCGCGGGCUCCAAAAGGCGGUGUUUCGAUCGUGGCGCCGCUUCCUGCAUCUUCGACGCCACGCCGUGUACCUCGAGACGAAGGCGGAUGUCCACGCGCACCGACGCCGCGUGCGCCUCGUCUUCGAUCACUGGCGCGCGUACUUGGUCGUGUGCGACGAGCAGCGCGCCAAUGUCGAUGCGGCCAUCGCGCACCGAAGCACUGUGCUGCAACACGCAGCGUUCCGGUCGUGGCGGUGCAUCUACCUCGACGUGCUUUGCCAUCGCACCGCGAUUUUGCAUCACAAUCGCGCCAUGACGCACGCAGCGAUGCGGCACUGGCACCGGUACGCGGGGCUGGAGACGACGGCGUAUUGA